GGCAAGGAGCGGGGGCGGGGAGGCGCCGUCUGGCUCGGCUGGGCCGGCGCGAGCGUGAGCGAGCCACGGCGGACCCACGGGGCCUCAGCACGGCGGCCUCGGUGGCCAGAAGGUGAGGCAUACGUGGCGGGUGUGGGCCGUGAAGGGCGCGAGCGGCCGGUCCAGCUGCGGUCGGGGACUCAGGCACCUGAAGGAUUGGGCAAUCUGGGAUCUUCCUAGUUCAGUUGCCGGGAUAAAGAGUGCUUGUGGUUCCACAUGGUUUUGCUGAGCUUGUAAAAGAGACAUUUGGAUGGUGGAUUAACGAGAACACUGACGUUCUGUGGAGAGUGUCGAAUUGGAGAAUACUGAAUUUUCACCCUAGUCCAGCAGCUCUGCUGCUCACAUAAAUACAGAUGAAUGAAGACCCCAUUCGGAAAGUCACCUGGCCAGCGGUCCCGAGCUGAUGCAGGCCAUGCCGGAGUGUCUGCACACAUGAUGAAGAAGAGGACAUCCCACAAAAAACAUCGGAGCAGUGUGGGACCAAGCAAGCCUGUGUCCCAGCCCCGGCGGAACAUCGUAGGCUGCAGGAUCCAGCACGGCUGGAGGGAGGGCAACGGCCCUGUCACCCAAUGGAAGGGGACUGUCCUGGACCAGGUGCCUGUGAACCCUUCUUUGUAUCUUAUAAAGUACGAUGGAUUUGACUGUGUUUAUGGACUAGAACUUAAUAAAGAUGAGAGAGUUUCUGCGCUCGAAGUCCUUCCUGAUAGAGUUGCAACAUCUCGGAUCAGUGAUGCGCACUUGGCAGACACGAUGAUUGGAAAAGCGGUGGAGCACAUGUUCGAGACGGAGGACGGCUCCAAAGACGAGUGGAGGGGGAUGGUCUUAGCACGGGCACCUGUCAUGAACACGUGGUUUUACAUCACCUAUGAGAAAGACCCCGUCUUGUACAUGUACCAGCUCCUAGAUGAUUACAAAGAGGGCGACCUUCGCAUCAUGCCCGAUUCUAAUGAUUCACCUCCAGCAGAAAGGGAACCAGGAGAAGUGGUGGACAGCCUGGUAGGCAAACAAGUGGAAUACGCCAAAGAAGAUGGCUCCAAAAGGACUGGCAUGGUCAUUCAUCAAGUAGAAGCCAAACCAUCCGUCUAUUUCAUCAAGUUUGAUGACGAUUUCCAUAUUUAUGUCUACGAUUUGGUGAAAACAUCCUAGAUGUCAUCGCGAACUCUGCCAAAUUUGUGGAACUAUUAAAUGUAUAAUUUGUAGACAUAAAGACUUGAUUGCUUUCCAGUUUAUGAAAGCUUAAAUGUCCCUGCGAACCCACAAUCUCUGCCAGCAGAACUGGUUUUGUUCUGAAUAGUACAGAUGGAUGUGAACACAAAGCAUUUUGUGUAAGGAGAACUUCUUCAUCUUACAAGAAGUCUGUCUGUUGGGAGGGGAGUUACAGGCAAGUUGGUAAAAGUUAAGCUAGUAUCAUAGUCAUUUAAAUCUGUAAUAGAUCUUAAUCAUUUCCCCCUUCACUUUUAAUACCGCCACAAUGCAAGCAUAGUUUGGUAUUUUUGUUAUUGCCUUUUUUGAGAUAUAUGUACUCAUAUCGACCUGUCUAUCUGUAUCUGAGUCUGUGUGCCUGCGUAUUUAUGUGCACACACACCCCACUGGCAGUCCUUUCCUUGUGGAUUGGGAUGGGUGAUACAUUUUCUCCAGUUUAACCGGAGUGCUUGACCCAAAUCAGUCAUGUUUAUGAUACUCUUGCUGUUUAUUUAAAAUUAAAUUAGGGCACAGGAAGCAUAUAAGGAUGUUCAUUUAUUUUGAAAAUUAAGAGCUCAGAGCACCUGUUUGAAUCUGGAGGCUUUAAACUAUAAGUCCAAAUAUGAAUUACAAACAGUUAAUGACACAUUUUUGGUAGGCUGGUGAGAAAUCUGGGUAAAAGGCUGCCUUUAAUUUUAAGCUUUCUAAGUUUUGUUUACAUUUUAAUUUUGAAUACUUUUUAGCUCAGUUCAGGUCCUUUGUUCACUCAGUAUGUAACGUAGGUGUGUCUUGAAUGGUACAUCUGGUUCGUUAUUUGUAUAAGUCACUCAUCGGUUUUAGUUCAUGGAUUUAAAAGGCAACAGUACAUAAAUGGCUUGUGUGUAUGUGGUGAGUUCCUGGAAGAACAGUGCUUUUGUAUUUGGAAUGUAAGUUUAAGAAUGGCAUUGUUGCCUUCUAAUGUGUUCUCUGGGACUGUUUGUUGUUGUUGUUGUUUUCUGUUGUUGCUGGUAUAUGAUUAUGGUUAGUAUCCCUUCCCCCAGCUUUGCCCCACAGAAGACCUCUGGCCAGGUAACAACUGAUCUCUUGACACCUUUUUGGUGGUACAGGAUGUGCCCUUGGCCCAGGCAUGCUAUUCAUGUGGAUUCCUCUCCUCUGCUGCCCUGGGGGUUUGUAUAUCAGCGAUGUGUUACCGUGGAAGGCCCGUCACCUGUGUUGGCUUGUGGAUGUAGGAGCAGCCUUGUGACAGGGUCUUGUCAUGCGUUACUGCUGUAAGGUGGUUGAGAACUGAAAUAAGCCAGGAGAAUGAAGGUGCAUGAAACCAGUGUCUGUGCAGAUGGAAAAUCUGACCUGUGGUUUGGGAGAGCCUCACGGGCAUGCUGCCUACCAAACCCAGGGGCUUGGAUCUGAGAUUCUCGUGGUGUCUUUGAGGGCUGUUUUUUAUGUUAGCAAUCAUUUCAGUUUAGAGCCUCAUGAUGUGUGGUUUGUUUGAUGCCCAUUUUCGCCUUCCUGAAGGCUUGUGCCUUGUGCUUUUGGGUGGUAAUGACUGCUCACCACGUGAACGUAGUACAUCAGUUCUCUGUCCUCAGCUGCAGUCGCCCUGUGCCCAGCGCUUCACCAAGGGGUAGGCUUCUCAAAGCAGUGUGAUGCCCCAGUCGUAGAUGCUUCGUGUGUGUGCGUGUGUGUGUGUGUGCGUGUGUGUGCGUGAGAGUGAGUGAACAGGUGUCUUCCUGCAGAUCUGCUAUUUCCCCGCAUGUACAUCUCAGAGCUGAGCCUGGCUCCCAGAGCCCAUACCGACAUGUGGCACGAGAUGGUGAGUGUGUCCAGCACGCACAGAGGGUGUGCAGAAUGUGGUGCAGUGACUUCCUGCUGGAAAAUAAGUUCCUUUUAAAGGAGCCCAAGGGUUGGGUCAGUGGAAACAUUUCUAGCAUUACCUGAUGACUUGCAUUGUGGUCUCUCCGCAAGCAACUUUAAUAUACCCAUGAUCUCCCAGUCGCUAGAGGAAUGCAACAUGGUGAUGAUUUUAAUCAUUGUUCAUUUAUUGCCUUUUGGGCUGAGGGGAGGGUUUUUUUUUGUUGUUGUUGUUUUUUCAUAUUUUUUCCCCCAUUCUUUUUUUCUUUUGGUGACUUAAGCCUCACUUAAUGCUGUGACUAAUUCUGCUCCCGAGUCCACGCGUCCCGGGCUUCGUUUUAGGCUCAUGUUUCAGAUCUGCAUGCACUGCUUGCAUUUUUCUGGUAUCUGGAUGUUGGUUCCUUGUUCUAGGAGUUCAACAUUAAUUUCCAAAAUUAUCAUGGGACUUGUGACAACACAAGACAUGAAUCUAUGUAUAAAAGUUAUUGGCCUUUCUCAUUUACCUGCUCUAGUGUUGUAUCGUGUGUGCGUGCGUGUGUGAUGUCAGGCUGCCACGUAAAACUUUCAGAGAAGAACCUUAAAAGCAGACCAUCCUUUUUUGCAUGCUCUAUUCUAAGUAGAAUGUUCAAUGUAACUAACUGAAUUGCAUGUUAAAGAUAUUUAGGUUUUUUGUUUUCUUUUUUCUUUUUAUUUGUUUUCAGUUUCCUGUAUAUUUGCUUACUGUGCUGUUCUAGUGGUUGUAGGAUAAAAAUGCACUGGUGAAGCAAAUGUAGUGCCAACAGAAGGUGAUUUUCCCGUUGUAUAUGUCAUGCAGCAUUUGAAGGGACUGUGCAUUCUUAAAAAAAUCACAGUUACUUCUAAACCAGAUUUCAUUUCUAUUCUUGUUUUAUGUGCCAAAUCCCGAAGUGCAUUGGGCUUGAAUCUCUGAACACUGUAGACCCAUUAGUAGAAGACUGUUCUGAUUGUCACAAAUUGUAGUGCCUGAAAACACUCUUAAGCUGAUUGUCUUAAAAAAUGAAAGUUCUCCAAAGACAAAACAGGAACAUUGAUUCUAACAAAUUGGUGAUGGUCGAAAUGUCUGUGGUUCCUUGGAAAUGCUGCGCUCUGUAUCUUCCAUCAUUGGUGCAGUUCGGAUGAAUGUGUAUAGUUCAGAGGUCUUCGUGUUCACAUUUCAAACUAGGUAAAUGGCCUCAUCUUUUGAGCUUGAAUUCAUUUUUAAUUUUAUUUUAUACAAUGUGUAGACAGUUUCCUGUUCUUUGCAUUUAGAAGUAUACACAAUAUAAAUCUGUUAAUUCUGUAAGUAAUUUUUAUAAUUAUGAUGUAUCUCUAUCCUAUCCUUAAAACAUUUAAAAUAAACCCUUUAUGUGCAACAA